CGAUCAAACAGUGUCGGCAGGAGCUGAGCCUGCGGAACCGCGAGCGGUGGUGUCUGGAGAUACAGAUCAUGAAGAGACUGAAUCAUCCCAACGUGGUGGCUGCCCGGGAGGUCCCUGAAGGGAUGCAGAACCUGGCACCCACUGACUUGCCGCUGCUGGCCAUGGAAUACUGCCAGGGUGGAGACCUUCGCAAGUACUUGAACCAGUUUGAGAACUGUUGUGGCUUGCGGGAGGGGGCCAUUCGUAUCCUGCUCUCUGACAUCGCCUCUGCUCUCAGGUACCUUCAUGAGAACAGGAUCAUCCACAGAGACCUGAAACCAGAGAACAUUGUCCUACAGCAAGGAGAACAAAGGUUAAUUCACAAGAUCAUUGACCUGGGCUAUGCUAAGGAGCUGGAUCAGGGCAGUCUGUGCACAUCCUUCGUUGGGACACUGCAGUACCUGGCGCCGGAGCUGCUGGAGCAGCAGAAGUACACGGUGACGGUGGAUUACUGGAGCUUUGGCACACUGGCUUUUGAAUGCAUAACAGGUUUCAGACCAUUUCUGCCUAAUUGGCAGCCUGUGCAAUGGCACACCAAAGUGCGGCAGAAGAGUGAGAAGGAUAUUGUUGUCUAUGAAGACUUGGCCGGAGAAGUGAAAUUUUCCAGCAGUUUACCAUACCCUAAUAAUCUAAACAGCAUUUUGGCUGGGCAGCUGGAGAAAUGGCUGCAGCUCAUGUUAAUGUGGCACCCGCGGAAGAGAGGGACAGACCCUGUGUAUGGACCUAAUGGCUGUUUCAAAGCACUGGACGAUAUACUGAACCUAAAGCUGGUUCGUGUCCUAAACAUGGUCACAGGCACUUUGCACUUGUACCCUGUGACGGAAGAGGAAACCUUGCAGUCGGUGAAGGCCAGGAUUCAGACAGACACUGCUAUUCCGGAGCAGGACCAGGAGCUGUUGCAGGAGGCGGGACUGGCACUGUGCCCUCAGAAAUUGGCUCUUCAGUGUAUAACUGACAGCAAGGUGAAUGAGGCCACUGCCACGGACACAGACAUCCUCUUCCUUUUUGACAACCGUAAAGUUGCCUAUGAGAGGCAGAUCUUCCUGCGGCCUCAUCCAGAAAGUGUUGACUGCAUCCUUCAAGAUCCAAAGAAGAAUCUGUCCUUCUUCCAGCUGCGGAAGGUGUGGGGUCAGGUCUGGCACACAAUUCGGACGCUGAAGGAGGACUGUAACCAGCUUCAGCAGGGGCAGCGAGCAGCCAUGAUGAAUCUGCUGCGUUAUAAUAGCAAUCUCUCCAAGAUGAAGAAUUCCAUGGCCUCCCUGUCCCAACAGCUGAAGGCAAAGCUGGAUUUCUUUAAAACCAGCAUCCAGAUUGACCUGGAGAAGUACAGUGAGCAGAUCGAGUUUGGAAUCACCUCUGAAAAGCUGUUGUUGGCCUGGAGGGAGAUGGAGCAGGCUGUGGAACUUUGCGGGCGGGAGGAGGAUGUGGACCAGCUGGUGAAGAGUAUGAUGGCCCUGCAGGCAGACAUUGUGGAUCUGCAGAGAAGCCCACUAGGGCGGAAGCAAGGGGGAACCCUGGAGGAUUUGGAAGAACAAGCCAGAGAACUUUACCGGCGACUCAGGGAGAAGCCAAGAGAUCAGAGGACCAGUGGUGACAGUCAGGAAAUAGUGCGACUGCUCCUUCAGGCAAUCCAGAUGUUUGAAAAGACUGUCCGUCUCAUUUAUGCUCAGCUCAGUAAGACAGUUAUUUGCAAGCAGAAGGCACUGGAAUUGUUCCCCAGAGUGGAGGGAGUGAUGAACCUGAUGAAUGAAGAUGAGAACACAGUUGUCAGGCUUCAGGAAAAGCGACAGAAAGAAUUAUGGAACCUGCUGAAAAUUGCUUGUAGUAAGGUGCGUGGUCCUGUCAGUGGCAGUCCAGAGAGUAUGAAUGCAUCACGGCUUAGUAACCCAGGUCAGCUGCUGUCACAAGUCCCUGCCAUAACUUACAAUUUACCAGAAUGUAUCAAGAAAAGUGAGGAAGUACUGAUGGAAGCACACACUCUCUGCAGCCAGUUAGACAGUGUAAUGCAGGACACAAUGAAGGAUCAGGAUCAAAGCUUUAUGGCUCUGGAUUGGAGUUGGCUAUAGCUUGAAGGGGAAGACAGAAAUAACCCAGAACAAACAGAUGUAAAAAUCACUUCAGUCACAGCUUGAGCCAGAUAAACUCCUUUAAAAAGGAACUUAAGCACAAGUCUACUGCACAUGAAACUGAAAUCCUGUGUGCUCUAUUUAUACUGCCAUCUGAUGGUUACACUGUGACAUGCAUUCCUAUUUUUAAGGGAAGCUGGCAGCCUAAUCUUAAUGAAUAGAAGAAAACUUAGUGAUCUAAUUGCUGUUUUCCCCACAAAUAUACAGUAUGAGGAGAUUAAAAUGUAAAGAUGAUUUGGGUCACAAUGCUUGGGAAGGUGCCAAUCUUCCACCACUUCCAUCCAGCUGCUGAAUCCACCUGCUGUGCUACUUUUCCCUUGCAGAAAAUCCAACUCCUUACCAAAUAGUGGACACAGUCUACAAGAAUUCUUGUCUUGAACCCCCUUUCCUGAAUUAUGAAAAAGCACUGAAUUCACUGAUUUGGCUAAACAAUGCUGGUUGCACUUUCAAGUGUAACAUCUGUACCAAAUACUUGUUUCCUGUAUGGGAACGAACUAUCUGAAAUAUGUAAACUUUUGGUUUGCUCUAUUUGAAUGUUAAAUAAAAUUUUAAAGGAGAAAUAUUUUUCAGUAUGCAAGUAUUGAGAGUUAGGCCAAUAUCCCUGUCUUUGUGUCAAGUCCCUUAAAUAGUGAAUAAAAACCACAUCACUUA